AUGUCUAUCCCCAACGACGCGCAGCACCCGUCGCCGCUAGCGCACGCGCCGGCAGCGACCCGCGCGCUCCUCGCGCGGCUGCACGAGCAGAGCCUGGCGCAGGAAUCGGGCUUUGACCUGCGCGCGGUCCCGAGCGAGCAGUUCAAAGCGGCCGUAAGCGACAAGUUUAUCGCGCUCGACGAGGACAAGUGCCAGUUCGUGUACCAGCUCCUUCGGGCGAGCGGCGCGCGGCGCAUCGUCGAGGCUGGCACGAGCUACGGCGUGAGCACAAUCUACCUCGCGCUCGCGGCGUCCGAGAACGCCGCGGCGCUGGGCGGGCAGCCGCUCGUCGUUGGCACCGAGCACGAGGAGGCCAAGGCGGACCAGGCGCGCGCUUACUGGGCCGAGAGCGGCACGGACGCCGUCAAGGCCAUCGACCUCCGCGUUGGCGACCUCCGCGAGACGCUCAAGACUGGUCUUGGCGAUAUCGACUUUUUGCUCCUUGACAUCUGGACCCCCAUGGCCCUCCCCGCGCUCAAGCUCGUCCAGCCCCAUCUCCGCCCCGGCGCCGUCAUCGUCGCCGACAACCCCAUCACCUCGGCAAAGGGAUACACCGAGCUGUUCGACUACGUCCGCGCGCCUGGCUCGGGAUUCAGCAGCAUCAACGUGCCGUACAGCAACGGCCUCGAGAUGAUCGUCUACUACCCCCCAAACAAGUAA